AUGUUCUCCAAGGAAAAUGUUAAACGUGUUAAUGCCAAUUUACGUAUGGAUUUCCACAACUACGGAUCCAAUGAGUGGUUGGGUUUCCGUUUGGAGAUGCUUGGGAGUUUAAUUCUCUGCAUUUCCACUGUAUUCAUGAUCUUAUUGCCAAGCAGUAUUAUAAAGCCAGAGAAUGUUGGUUUAACUCUCUCCUACGGAUUGUCCUUGAACGGUGUGCUGUUCUGGGCCGUUUAUAUGAGCUGCUUUGUUGAAAAUAGGAUGGUUUCGGUUGAGAGGAUAAAACAGUUUACAAACAUCCCAUCAGAAGCAGAAUGGGAGAUAAAAGACCGUGUUCCUCCUUCAAAUUGGCCUUCCCAAGGCAAUGUCGAGCUCAAAGAUUUGCAGAUUGGUGUUGUCGGUCGAACAGGGGGCGGGAAAUCAACUUUGGUCCAAGUGUUCUUUAGGCUGGUGGAACCGUCAGGGGGCAAAAUCAUCAUCGAUGGGAUUGAUAUAACCACAUUAGGACUUCAUGAUCUCAGGUCCCGCUUCGGAAUCAUUCCUCAAGAACCUGUACUUUUUGAGGGAACUGUGAGAAGCAACAUUGAUCCAGUAGGAAUUUAUUCAGAUGAAGAAAUUUGGAAGAGCCUUGAACGCUGCCAACUUAAAGAUGUGGUAGCUGCAAAACCUGAUAAACUCAAUUCUUUAGUGGCUGAUGACGGAGGCAACUGGAGUGUGGGGCAAAGACAGCUUCUCUGUUUGGGUCGAGUCAUGUUAAAGCACAGCCGGCUCUUGUUCAUGGACGAGGCCACGGCUUCAGUUGAUUCACAGACUGAUGCUGUAAUACAAAGGAUCAUCCGAGAGGAUUUUGCUACAUGUACAAUAAUCAGCAUUGCUCACAGAAUACCUACAGUGAUGGACUGCAAUAGAGUUUUAGUAGUAGAUGCAGGACUGGCUAAAGAAUUUGACAAACCGUCCCGCUUGCUUGAGAGACAAUCAUUGUUUGGGGCAUUGGUUCAGGAGUAUGCCAACCGUUCAUCAGGACUAUAA